UGCUGGUCUAAAACAGGAAAUUGGCUGUAGAUUGAGUAUCUGGUUAAACCAUCAUCAUCAUCAUCAUCAACAACAGAGGUCAACAUGGGGUCGAGUUCUUCAUCAUAUGCUCCCAAAACGAUUUAUCUGGACGUGAAUGGAAAAAUGCAAAGAGUGAUUUUCAGUCGGCAUUGCAGCCCGUGUGAUAUCAAGGAGCUUCUUUGUUCAUCAUCCAAUAUUGCCAGAAACACAGCUAUUCUUUUAAUUGACAAAGAAGGAGCAUUAAUAUCUAUUGAUCCUACCAUGCCUGUAAACAAUCCAAACAACUUGUAUAAGGUUGUACCUCAUUCCACAAACCAGGGAGGAGAAAAAGAAGACAUGUUCCAGAACGUCCUGUCGCAGGUGGCCGAGCAGUUCAGCAGGGCCUUAAGAAUUAAUGAGCUGAAGACUGAAGUGACCAACAGACUGGCCAUGCUGGAGAAGAGAGUUGAAUUGGAAGGACUUAAAGUUGUGGAAAUUGAGAAGUGCAAGAAUGAUCUGAAGAAACUUAGAGAUGAAAUGACCUCUAGAGGAGGAGUGAGAGUGAACUGCAACUGCAAAUAUAACUUUACCGAUGAUGGAAAGAAACUCUCUCCCAGACGAGAUGUACCAAGCUAUCCAAAGUACACACUUUCUCAAGAGACCAUAGAAACUUUAAAGAAGCCCACCUUUGAUGUGUGGCAUUGGGAACAUAACGAGAUGCUAAGCUGUCUGGAGUAUAUGUAUCAUGACCUUGGACUGGUUAAGGAGUUUAACAUGAACCCAAUAACUCUUAAAAGAUGGCUGCUGGCAAUUCAAGAAAAUUAUCGUGACAAUCCCUUCCACAACUUCCGCCAUUGCUUUUGUGUGAGCCAGAUGAUGUACGGUAUGCUCCAUUUGUGUAACCUUCAGGAGAGGCUGACUAUGACAGACAUGUGCAUUUUAAUGACUGCAGCAGUGUGCCACGAUCUGGACCACCCGGGAUACAACAACACGUAUCAGAUUAAUGCUCGCACUGAGCUGGCUGUACGCUACAAUGACAUCUCUCCACUGGAGAACCAUCAUUGUGCUGUGGCUUUCCAAAUCCUCUCCCUGCCUGAAUGCAACAUAUUUGCCAAUGUAGAGCCGGAUUCCUUCAAACAGAUACGACAGGCAAUCAUUACUCUCAUUCUGGCGACCGAUAUGGUCAGGCAUGGAGAGAUACUGGAAGCCUUCAAACAGAAAGUGGACAACUUUGACUUUACCAACGAAGAGCAUGUCAAAUGUCUAAAGAUGGUUAUGAUCAAGUGCUGUGACAUCUCCAAUGAGGUCAGACCUACUGAGGUGGCAGAACCAUGGGUGGACUGUCUACUGGAGGAGUACUUUAUGCAGAGCGACAGAGAGAAGUCAGAAGGUCUUCCUGUGGCUCCUUUUAUGGAUCGUGACAAAGUCACUAAGCCAACGGCACAAAUUGGCUUUAUUAAAUUUGUCCUAAUCCCAAUGUUUGAGACCGUCAUGAAGCUCUUUCCUCAGAUUGAGGAGAUCAUGGUUCAGCCUUUGAGGGACUCGCGUGAUCAUUACGAAGAACUGAAGCAAAUAGAUGAUGCCAUGUCAGAGGCACAGAAGAAGAAAACAGAGAGCAUGUCUUUGGGUGGAAAGAAGAAAUAAACCAUCUGCGUCUUUUAUGGUAUCAAAGGCUAAUCCAACUUCCAGUUUCCUAAAACUGAGGACUUGAAUUGUUUGGGCUCUCCAAGCAUCCAAUUAAUGAAGGCGAGUGUUGGACCCCUUCCAAGGACAAGGCGAAUACCAGAGGAGAGGAUUCAAAAUGACUCUUUGUUUAUUUUGCUGGUCUAAUUACUCUUCACUUGUAUCUUUGCACUAUUGGAAUGCUUUUUUGGUCAAAGUAUAGACUUUUGGGAAUUUGGGGAAUAAGCUGUGGAGAUUUAUACCGUAGCUCAAGGAUGUUGUUCAAUACAUGGCGUUAUAAAAAACAGUUUUUUUACACUGUGGUACAUGUCAUUUUUAUCUUUGGAAUUGUGAAUUUCAGAGGAGCUUAAUUUACCAAUGUAUGUUUACUGUAUACUAAAAAUACAGCAGUUAUAGAUGGGAUACUUAAAAACAUAAAAAAAAUUAUUAACUUAGGAAAACGUGUUUCACUAUUCUUAAGAUUCAUAAAGUAAACAUAAACCAUGAAAGAGCAAACCAAUGAAAUAUAUUGUAAAGUUGAUGUUGCGUUUCAUAAUAUCUUGUAUUAAAGGGGACAUAUCAUGAAAUCAGACUUUUUCCAUGUUUAAGUGCACUAUAAUUGGGUCCCCAGUGCUUGUAUGAACCUAGAAAAUGUGAAAAAGAUCAACCCAGUAACUUAGUUUUGGUAAACCAUUCUCUGCAAGCAUGUGAAACAAUAGGUCAUUGAAAUUUUGCUCCCCUUGUGAUGUCAGAAGGGGAUAAUACCGCCCCUUAUUCUGCACACUCACAAAUGGGACAAUUUUGCUUAACCUACAAAGUGGCAAUUUUAAAGUGUUAUAAUAAAUUAUCUAUAUGGUAUUUUGAGCUUAAACUUUACAUAGGUACUCUGGGGACACCAAAGAUUUAUUUGACAAAAAAGUCUUGUGAAAUGUCCCCUUUAAAGGAGAAUUAACUGACAGCAAUAAUAUGAUGAAAGCAAUAAAACAUUGAUUUAAAAAAAAACA